AUGGACGGCUUUGACGCUACUCAAGCUCCAGCGGCUUACAGAGCCGUUGAGCCCAUUGUCAAUAUUCUCACCUUAACCAUGACGUUGGGCUGGCUAGUCAACUACGCUGGCAUGAUUCAUAUUUCUUUCAAAGAGAAGACAUACGCAAUGGGCAUUAUGCCUCUCUGUUGCAACAUUGCCUGGGAAUUUUCUUACGGAGUAAUAUACCCGCCAAAGAAUCGAUUGGAAUUGAUCGUUACGGUAGCUGCGCUUUUAGUUAACGUCGCGAUCAUGUACAGCGCCAUAAGACACCAACCCAAUGAAUGGUCCCACGCACCAUUGGUCCAACGGAACCUUCGGUACAUCUUUGCCGUGUGUACUCUUGGCUUCCUGACUGGACAUAUAGCUUUUGCGGCAUACAUUGGUCCUGAAGUUGCAUAUACAUGGAGUGCGGCGUUCUGCCAAUUGCUUCUCGGCACCGGUGGCCUGUGUCAGUUGCUCUGUCGGGGAAGUAGUCGUGGGGCGUCGAAUCUUCUGUGGAUAUCGAGGUUUAUUGGUUCUCUUAGCGUAGUGGGUAUGGCUGCGUUACGUUGGAGGUACUGGCCUGAGGCAUUUGCCUGGCUGGACAAUCCUCUGAUUUUGUGGUCGGCGGGGAUGUUUCUCUUUCUAGAUUUGUCAUAUGGCCUUUGCUAUUGGUACAUCCUGAGAAAGAAAAAGAGUAACGCGUAG